AUGGAUGCUUCCAAGACCCCCACCAAGCUGGUUAAGGUGACCCGUGUCCUUGGCCGUACCGCUGGAUGGUCGGCGGCGGGCCGAUUUCCGUUGGAGCGCCGCCGGACUCGGAAAGCGCUGGAGGAAUACACAAGUGCUGGGAAAAUGGAGGCUAAUGGGGUUUCGAUAAUAGGUUCUCGCGGUGGUGUCACCCAGGUCCGCGUCGAGUUCAUGGAUGACCAGACCCGUUCUAUCAUCCGUAACGUCAAGGGUCCCGUCCGUGUCGACGACAUCCUCUGCCUGCUCGAGUCCGAACGUGAGGCCCGCCGUCUCCGAUAA